CCUCCAUUAAUUUAUCCAUAUCUAUUUUAUUUUGUAGACCGCAUCCCUUUAAAAAAUUCUUAUGGAAGAAUAUGCUAGAGAGCCAUGUCCUUGGAGAAUAGUAGAUGAUUGUGGUGGAGCCUUUACAAUGGGAGCUUUAGGUGGGAGUUUAUUUCAAGCUAUUAAAGGGUUUAGAAAUGCGCCUAUAGGUUUUAAUCGAAGGAUGAUAGGCUCAUUGACAGCUAUAAAAGAAAGGGGACCGAUAAUAGGGGGAAAUUUCGCCGUGUGGGGCGGUCUCUUUUCUACCAUAGAUUGUAGUCUUGUUCAAAUACGGAAGAAAGAAGACCCCUGGAAUUCUAUAACGAGCGGAGCGUUGACUGGGGCUAUUUUGGCGGUAAGAAAUGGGCCUGGACCGAUGAUUGGGUCCGCGGUAGUAGGUGGUGUGUUAUUAGCGCUCAUCGAGGGUGUCGGGAUCCUGUUCACUCGUUUUUCCGCCGAACAAUUCCGCCCAGUAAACCCUCAAUCUCCGGACGCUCCUCCACACCCUGGUGGUAUGCCAACUUCUCCUUUCUCACAUAACGCCAAUUAUCAAAAUAUUUAAAACCCUACUUACCUUAAUUAAAUAAUAUUUUAAAAACAUUUCAUGUUUUAAAAUGUCACUCAACGUCACGAAUUCAUUUAUUCGUACUUUAUAAAAAUUAUUAUUUUUUAAUUAUAUUUCAAAUGUGCAAAUAAUUUAAUUUACGCGCGAAAGAGAGAGAAAUGAUUGUACAUAAAAAGCCAUGUUUGCAUU